GGCAGCUGCGGUAAGCUGCGGAACAAAUGCGCAGUGAGUGCACCAAUAUUUAUUUCAGGACACUCGGCUGGCUGGCACCCCAUACAUUUAUCAUUCCUCAUUCUCCACUGGCUUGUAGUCUCCCGGCUUGGACCUUCUCUGGUAACUUAACGAUCCACAGCUGAGGCUUGACAUGAUAUCAUUGAUUUUUCUUGCAUCCCUCUUCGCGCUGCCUACGGAUACGUUUGGAGCACCAACAGAGGCAGUCCCAGUUUCUGGUCAAUCCAUCUCCCUUCUAAGGAGGAACCCAUCCCCCCGAGAUGUCACCGAAUGGGGCGCUUUGGCAAAGAGCCAGAGGGACAAUUUGUUAGCAAAGUAUGCUGGCCAGACAACACAAAAAAGAAGCACUGGUUACAACUCGAUUACCGACCAGCUGUAUGAUUCUAGCUACUAUGGUUCAUUGGCUAUUGGUACGCCUGCAAUGUCCUUUGAUGUCAUAUUAGACACGGGCUCUUCUGAUCUCUGGGUCGCUGGUUCUACUUGUGGAACUGCAUGCGGGUCGAGUCCUACAUUCAACCCAUCAUCUUCAUCGACUUUCCAGAACCUCUCUACGGCAUUCGAUAUCCAGUAUGGCUCGGGUUAUGCAGAGGGUUAUGAUGCACAGGACAUAGUGCAGAUGGCGGGAUUCUCUGUCUCCAGUCAAGGCUUUGCUGUUGUGGAUGUAGUAUCACAAAGUUUGCUGACAUCACCGGUCUCUGGCUUGCUUGGUUUGGCAUGGCAAAGCAUAGCAGCUUCAAGCCAGAUGCCUUUCUGGCAGAAUUUGGCCUCCAAUAAUGCCUGGGACUCGGCUCUCUUCGCUGUUCAGCUUACUCGGUAUACAAACGAUACUACUGCCCAGCAACUUGAGCCCGGAGGAGUGCUCAAUCUGGGUUAUACUAAUAGUAGUUUGUACACCGGCUCAAUUGAUUACAUCGACAUUCCCGGAACUCCUUCAUAUUGGUAUAUACCAUUGACUUCAUUGACUGUACAAGGCACCUCGAUCUCUAUUACUUCGGGAACAACUGCUGCUAUUGACACUGGCACGACCAACAUAGCCGGUCCGACUAGCUCAAUUGAAGCCAUCUAUGCACAGAUUCCCAACUCCCAACCAGCAACAGGCGAAUGGGCGGGAUAUUACAGUUUCCCAUGCUCGACGACUGUAAAUGUGGAGCUGUCGUUCGGUGGCGCCACAUGGUCGAUAAGCCCAGCAGACUUUGCCUUUGCGCAAACCAGUUCGUCAGAAUGCAUUGGUGCAUUCUUCGCAGCAGAUACUGGCACUGGAGCCCCCUCUUGGAUCAUCGGCGAUGCUUUCCUGAAAAAUGUCUAUUCCGUCUUCCGCUACAAUCCCCCUUCAGUUGGCUUUGCCAGUCUCUCAAGUGUCUCAAUCGCUGAAAAUGGCGCUGGAGGAACCGUCCCUUCCGCAACCAUUGGCACAGUAUCUGCAUCAGUCACCAACACAAGCGAUGCCCCACGUGGACAUGCACUGAGUACAACAUUAUCUGCUCUCUUCCUGGCUUUCUCGGCGGUGCUCCUCCUUUGAUUUCGCUGCUAGCCGCAUUCGCCUUCAUAAUGAAGGACUCAUCUGUAUUGGACUAACAGACGCUCACGAAAUUGAACGACGCUCACUUGUAAUUAAUGUAGCCAUAUGAUUUGAUCGGGCGUAUAAUGGACAGUUUUCGAUAACCUGUCAUGGAUGUUGACUACAAUCAAUAACUAUACUUGUUGACACUUAAAUAUUGAAGUAGUCUCAGAUAUCGAUGAUCG